GUUGAUUUUUUUUUUUUUUUACUACAAACCAGUGAAGAUGACGCCAAAACAUGAAAAACAGGAAUUUGUAACUGUCUUGGUGCGAGACCCCAGGAUACAGAAAGAAGACUCAUGGCAUUCUUACAUAGACUAUGAGAUAUUUAUUCACACAAACAGUAUAUGCUUUACAAGGAAAACAUCCUGUGUUAGACGACGCUAUCGAGAAUUUGUUUGGCUCCGGCAGAGGCUUCAGAGCAAUGCGGUUCUUAUACAGCUACCUGAACUGCCAUCCAAAACUCCCUUUUUCAAUAUGAACAAUCCUAAUCACGUGGACCAUCGCCGUCAGGGUCUGCAAGAAUUCCUGGAAAAGAUCCUACAAGAUGCAUUACUGCUCUCAGAUAGUAGGCUUCACCUCUUCCUACAGACUCAGCUAAGCCCAGAAGACAUGGAGGCCUGUGUGUCUGGACAGACCAAGUACUCUGUUGCUGAUGCGAUUCUCAGUUUCGCCUCUCUGAACAGACGCUUUCCUAUAGAAGAUGAAGAGGAAAAAAAAGGAAAAAACGAUGCAGACUCUGAUUCAGAGAGUUCAUCCUCCGGGCUCGGACCUAGUGAUGACAGCAUUUCAUGUGGAUGUAAAGCAAGCCCAGCUUCUGAAGAAUCAUGAAAAAUCAUUCCUGUAUUGCUACCUUAAGGACAGUACAGAGCAGUUUCUGCUUUGUUUACUGGUUAUUUGUACCACACAGCAGGGCUGUCUGGUAACAUGAAUCUAAAAGACCCAUUGUUAAUGCAACCAUAUGUCCUUAAAAAAUACUCAAAACAGACCUAUCUUUUUGGUGAUUUUUUUAAAGAUGUAUCUUGGUGAAGGUCUACAUGCUACCUAUUUAUGCUUUUGUGGCUAUAUAAAUCUCAGUAUUGGGUAAGUCAUGCUCUUGUGACAUGUGGCAGUUAAUAUAAUUCCUUCAGUGAGUGCGUGUCUCAGAUUUAAAAAAUAAAGAUAACUUAAUUCCUCAUCUUAAAAGUUGGUAUAUCAUAUCAAACAUAUUCAAAGCAUCUUUUAGUCAUUUGCAUCAGAGAAGUUUCAUCUUUAGAAGUCAUUUGACAUUGGUGAUGAAAUUACACACCCCACCAAGGUACUCACUUUUUAAAGUAGCUCAGCAACAUCAGCAAAACAACAUUGGUACAAACUAUAUGCUGCUGACAAUUUGAGAUAUAAAUACAUCUUCCUCUGGUCCUUCUGUAGUGUUUAUGGAAAGACUGGUUUUAUCAUGCGUAAGUACUGAAGGCAAAAAUUCUUCAGCAUGGUUGCUUAGAAGUUUAGAAAUAUAAAUAAAAAUUACAUCAUUUCUAGGCUUGCUGGAGAUUCUCAGCUCCCAGGGAAUUAUGGAUACUCACUCCCAGUGAAAAUCCUGGAUGAGGUCCAUCAAAACCAAUGGCUGAAUUUUGCACUGACCUCGCUAGCGCCAGGGCUUUACCCAACAUGUUUAACUUUAGGCAUCUGUAUUUGAAGGUGGUGGUAGAGGUGUUUGAGUUCAGCAGCUGAAGUGGGGAGUAUCUCCCUCUGUGAGAUGGUGAUAAUCACAUAGCUGUAACACCCAGCAUGGAUGUGGCCCUCUCCACUCUCCGUGAGUUACAGGAACUGCUGAUUUCAUUGUGGCUGUAGUUACCAGGUUGGAAUAUUGACUUUUUUCACAAACAAAAGGCAGGCUUGAACACAACUUCUUAACCACCAACACUUAUUUUGAUUAAACGUCAGUUUUGCUCUUUAUUGUUCAGAGCAGCUGCGUAGUGUCUUGUCCCAGAUCCUGUCAAAGGAGUAUGUUUCACUGUGGUGUUGUAUUUAUAUUUGACAUUUAACUGCUAUUAAAAAGAGCUAGGGGGUCUGAUCACCCUAGCAAAGCUCCCAUUAACUUUAGUGUGUAGUUACCAGCCUAGAAAUGGAUGUAAAUACAUGCCCCUUUUUUUUUUUAAUUUUCUUUUUAAAGAAAACUGUGGUUACUUUCAAAGAAGGAGCAUUUUAAACAUGUGAAUUACAGGAACAAAAGAUUAUUAAAUAAACAACUAGUAAGGGGUACCAUAAACAUGUGUGGGCAUGUUUUUUUCUUUUAAAACAUCCAGCUGGGAAUCUGUGUAAUUUUAGAAACAGGUUUUAGUAGCCUGAGAAUAACAUCUCUUAGGUAACUACUUUAAGCCACUGUAUUUUGUGGAUGGUAGCACUUUCUAAGAUUAAUAUCCGUGUUUCUUUUUUGCUCGGUCUUACUGAAUUGCACAAAUGUAUCGAUUCACUGUCUCAGCUUCUAUGUGAGUUAGCAGCAACGCUAUUUUUAAUGUAAAAGUGAUAAUGUUUAACUAAAGCAACAAGUUAUCACUAAAAGCAGCUUAAAAAUAGCUGUUACUGCCAGUCAGAGAUUUUCAUUACUUAAUUUUUUUUCUAUAUUAUUUUUAAGAUGGCACAUUACAAAAAAAUUUUUUAGCAAAUUUAUUUAAAAGUGGGAAGGAUUUAAAAAGGAAAACUGGAAUAAUGUUGGGAAGAAAUUUACUAUUUUUAUUUAAGAAAAUGUAGGUUUUUCUUUUGUUUUAAAAGAUUGAGCUAAACUCUUGAAGCACUUUACAGUUCUAACACAUCCUCAGUAUCUGACGAAAAUUACAGAAACACAAGGUUUGGAGAGCCUUUGUGGCUAAUUCUAUUUUUUAAUUCUAGGAGCUUAUCAGUAUACCAGCAAGUGUUUUCCAAAUGAAGAUGUUUCUGAAAUAAAUGUUUGUUUUCUAAUA